AUGGAGAAGCAAAUCGAAGCAUCACAGCGUUUCUUGCGGGGGCUGCGCAGCCUGGCAAGUUUUGAGGAAGUGCGCUCCAGGCAGUAUCGACACUUGCGGGGUGUCAUUGAGAAGGCGCCGUUGGUUUCGACAGCUUGCGUGGCUGAUCUUGUGUCAUCUUUGGACGCUUCAGUUUGGGAGCAUGCGCAGAUUGAAGAGCUGAAAGCUUUGCUGGCUGAUAAGUUAGGUGAAGUGGGCAAAGAACGGAGGGCCAUGCAAGAUUACGUAUGUCUGCCCUUAUACUUGGAUCAGUCUGUGUGGAACAUGUUGCAGACUACGUCGGAGCAAGGCGAGCGCUUCGAGCGCUUGUGUCGCCAUGCCAUUGCCUUGGGGAUGCGAUGUCCCUCGGAAUAUAGCAUCGCAGCUUUGGUUUGGUUGGCAGCUUGUGCCUUUCGAUUGCAAGACUUGACGGAUGUCGAGAAGCAAAAAAUGUUGCGAGAUUGGAAGCCAAAAUUGAAGAGGUGGCUGCAGGGGUUACAGGAGCCCGCAGCAUAUCUGCAAGUGCUACCUGCGGUGGUAGAAAAUUACCCAGCUGCGUUGCUGGCAAAGGCGUACCCGGCAGGGUUUGUGCCCUAUACUCCGCCUGGGUGGUCUUAUGAGCAUUAUGAACAAAUGGUGCGCAGGUAUCCGUUGCGGCACAGAAAGAAUGCAGAUACUGUGCCUACUGCAACGUCUGAGGGACGUGGCUUCUUCGAGAUGGGCAGAUUAUUGGCAGGAUUUGCUGAGGCAAAUGCGUUUGGCCGUCAAGGCUCUGUGGCCAGUGUCUCUUCUCAUGCAAGCAUCGCAGACGAUGCACUGCCACGGGUGGAAGUGCAACCCAGCGCAAUUGCCGCUGUGCCGCAGCCAAAAGUGGCGCCGCCAUUGUUGGCGCUGGAGGAUGCACCAGUUGCAUCAGUGUCACACACGGUGGCUCCGGCCAGCGCGGCACAGGAGCUUGAAAAGCUCCGUGCGGAAUUGCCAGGCCGUGAGGGGCCGGAAGCUUCUACAGCUGCCAUGAAGCGACCGGCGGCGAGGAGGCAGGCGUCGAAGGCAAAGCCGAAGAAGAAAGCAACGGCUUGUCAGAGUGGAUCUGCGGGAUCCAAGCCGGGAUCUGCGCGAUCCCAGAAGAAAGCGGAGGAGAUGAAGGGAUCUGCGGGAUCCGAGCCGGGAUCUGCGCGAUCCCAGAAGAAGGCGAAGAAGAUGAAGGGAUCUGCGGGAUCCAAAACGGAAGCAGCCUCGACGAAGGCAGUCAAAAAUAAGGUAUUGAAGCGCCCGGCAGCUGCGACCGGCAUGUCGGAAGGCAGCAUGUCCAAAAGUGAGAUUCGCGAGCGUCUGUUGGCAAAGGUGCCUCAGAAGCUUCAGAAAGCUUACAAGGACGGCUGCCACACGCCGGAUGAUGACUCGGAGGAGGAGUCAAUCACGGAGGAAGAGGGACCGCCGUCCCCGCGGUAUCCGGCUGCGAUGCCGAAGGUUCCUCCGGCACCGCCGGCUGCGAGCCGGGCACGUGGGGCAUCAGUCGCCCCGGUAGCGGUGCGAGGCAGGAGGAAAGGGGACGCGGAAUCCUCGGAUUCCGUUUCGGAAGCGCCUGCGCGGCGGCACGUUCCGGACCGUUUUGACUCCGACGUUUCGUCGUCGCCUCCGAAGCCAGGACCGUCGCGGCCAGCGUCUCCAGAGCGCAAGGCCUUUGGUGGCUGGUGGCGUCCCAUGGGUCGCCAUAAGAGCUGGGGAACCCAAGAUUGCCCCAUCUGUUGGAACGAGGUUGGCAAUUCCAACAGUGCGUUGGAUCAACAUCAGCGCACCAGUCUCACCUGCUUGCAAUGGCAGCGGUACAAUCGUGGAGGGCUCUCCUGGAAUGAGGCAUUGCAGUCCGCCGUGCGCUGCAAGGCACGGCGCGAAGCACGCGCCAUCGCAGCAAGUGCGAAGGUAGACGUUCCGGUGGAACAUGGCAAAGGUCAUCCUCGCGAGCUAGGUGAGGACCGGACGCAUGAGACGGGCGAGGGGCACAAACGCCGGAAGAGGAAGUCCAAGAAGAAGAAGCGACCGGUGACUCCGAGUCCAGAGGUGGAGCGUAAGCGUCAUCGGGAUCAUCGGCCGCCGUCGUCAGAUACGGACGAGCCAAAGCGGCGGAGGGAACACAAGCGGCCGCGUCAGCUUGUGAUCAACCUGCCAGAUCACAUCCGGCUAUAG